AAUUUGUCAUUUUAGCAUCCAGCUAAAAAGCUUUCUCUUUUAAUUCUAGAUUAACCAACGAAUUUCCGUAACUUUUCUUAUUCCAAUGCAAGCUGGCAUAAACCAAAUAAAUUACCUGUUCUUGUCUCGUGGGAAAAUCGUUAAAACUGGUGUCAUCCAAAAACAAAUUGGAACAGAAACUACUUUGAAUGUUGACAUUACAGCAGAUAUGGCACCUAAAUGCAGAAUACUGGCCUUUUUCGUUAGAAAUGGAGAAAUGGCCUCUGACUCAGUUUUGAUGGACGUCGAGAAUGGUUAUAAAAACGAGGUUCUUCUUAAUACAGACCCAGCUCCAGACCAAACAUUUCGCCCCGGGCAAGACCUCGCUGUCAAAAUGAAGACCAGCACAAAAUCAGUCGUUGGCUUAUUAGCAGUCGACCAAAGUAUUUACUAUCUAAGAAACGAGAGUAGAGUUACAAAUGAGAAGGUAUUCAGUGAUAUAGGUUCAUUUGAUUUGGGAUGUGGACUUGGUUCAGGACGAAACAACAAAGACGUUUUUGAUAGAGCUGGUUUAUCGAUGCUAACAGAUGCAGCAGUACCCGUCUCAAAACGUGAAGAUUUACUUUGCGGUGAAGACCCGAAAAGAAGAAGAAGAAGAAGUGUUGCGGGAGGCAUCAGUUUGCUUGAUAAGAAAUGUUGUCAGGGCAUUUGCUGCCAAAAACUUCGAAGCAUCGCCGGUACACUGCCAAAAGGAACGAAAUGCAAAGAGCUUCAAAAACACAUCCCCUCAGUUUGUUGGCCUGACUUCUAUUCAUGUUGCCUCAGGAAUUUUGCAUCUCGCGGAAGAAGCGCCAUUGGUCCAGAUGAUGAAUUUGAAGUAAGACCUGAUGAUAUUGACGAUGACGUCACACAGCUGACAACACGAGAGUUUUUUCCAGAAUCGUGGAUUUGGGUUAAAGCAGAAACAAAUGAUGACGGCUUUUUGGAGCAAGGAUUCACCCUUCCUGAUUCGAUUACAACUUGGGAAAUUUCUGCAAUCGCAAUGAACAGUCAAACUGGGUUUGGUUUAUCGAACACAGUCAAUAUUCAAAGCAGAAUGAAUUUGUUUAUCCACCUUAAGAUGCCACCUUCUGUACAACGUCAUGAGCAAACUACAGUGUACGCUGUUUUGUACAAUUUCAAUGCAAGGGAAACACAUGUGAAUCUAUUCUUCAUUGGCCAUGCUUCAUUUUGCUCGAUGGCAAAGCCAGAUGAAAGAUCCGAGCGUCUCUCAGUUGUUGUGAAGGGAAAUGACGCUGUUGCCAUCCCAUUUACAGUUAUACCUCUUCAAGUGGGUGACAGUCCCAUAGAGGUUCAGGCCUUCACCGUAGAUUUUGGAGACAAAAUACGCAAAAACCUUAGUGUUGUGCCAGAAGGUCUUCAAAAACAGGAAACAAUUUCCAUAGUUCUGGAUCCACAAGGUAUUAUGGAUAGCGAUGAUCCGAGAGGGAAAAAAAUAGUUGAGGUCAAAAGAAUCGGCGUGCAGCUUAACAGUUUGAAAGUGGCUCUGCCGGAUAACCUUGUUCCUGGCUUUUUGAGAGUCAUGAUCUACGUAACAGGGAACUUAAUGGCACCAGGAGUGAAAGAUAUGGUUGAAAAUGGCCUUAAUAAUUUAAUCGUUAUGCCUAGAGGGUGUGGGGAACAAACAAUGAUUUAUAUGGCACCGCUUGUUUAUGUUUUGAAGUACUUGUACACAAUAAAGGAUGGUGUCACCGAUGAAAUAGAAAGAAAAGCCUAUAACUUCAUGAGAGCAGGAUACAGAAAUGAACUGAGAUACAGAAGAAAUGACAAUUCGUAUAGUGUUUGGGGUCAAAAAACUGCCCCUAUGACUUGGCUCAGCGCGUUUGUGAACAAAGUUUUCUGUCAGGCCUCUGCUUAUAUCAAAGACGACAUUGAUAGCCAUCUUAUCUGUAGCACUUUCAAGUUCUUGGAAUCGAAGCAAGUUGCCGAUGGUUCUUUCGCUGAAGCCCUACCCGUUUAUCAGAGGGAAAUGAGGGGUGAAGUCGAUAAUAAAGUUGCAUUGACAGCUUUUGUUGUUAUAUCUUUGACAGAAUGCAGCUCGCAAUGUACAAAUACUGAUACAAAAGUGUUGUCAAAGGCCACUAGCUUUCUCGAGAAGGCAGUUCCUGGCAUCAAAGCAGGCAACCUCAUGGCAAUUGUUGCAUACGCACUUGCUUUGACGGGUAGUCCGGGCAAAAACAACGCUUACAGUAAGCUCGUAGAGAUGUUGAAGAGGGACAGGAAAGAUGAUCGCAGUGUCGCGUACAUUCCGGACGGAGGUUUGGCAUCACAAGUUGAGGCAACGUCUUACGCACUUCUCACGAUGAUAGCCAUGAAUAAAAUAAAAGACGCUGGACCUCUCGUCAUCUGGUUAACUUCGAUGAGAAAUGCCAGAGGAUCCUUCAUUUCAACUCAAGACACUGUUGUUGCUCUGCAAGCCCUAUCAGAGUAUUCUUCAAAGGCAUCUACGGGAGAAAUGGACCUAAGAAUCACCGUAGCUUCCUCCAAAAUUGACAGAAAAAUAUUUCGAAUUCAAAAGAGUGACGCGCUUGUUCGCCAGCAGCAAGAUAUAACUAAAGCAGCUCCUGGGACCGUUUUCGUACAGACCAAAGGCACGGGUGUUGCGCAACUCCAGCUUGAGUUAACAUACAACGUACCAGAUGAGGGGAAAGACUGUCAGUAUGACGUCACAAUUACAACCAGGGAAGAGAUUGACAAUCGACUCAAUGACGAUGCUAUACCCAUCAAACCAGCCAAGCCAAAGAAGAACAAGAAAAAUAAGAACAAAGGGAAAUGCAAAGGAAAGAAAAAACACAGCAAAAAGUGCAAAAAAGGAAAUCGAAAGACCCAAGGUGACAAGGCUCCCAAUAGGUUGAGGAUCAGCAUUUGUAUAAGGCACAACUUCAACAAUGGAUCUGUAAUGACAAUGGCAGAAGUUGGUUUGCUGUCAGGGUUUAAAGCGGACAAUGAAUCACUCAAAAACCUCCUUGAUAAUGUAAAACCAAAGGUCUAUCAGUACGAAAUAAGCGAUCGAAGUGUGGUAUUUUACCUGGAAAAGGUCACUACUACUAAAAGCUGUUUUGGUUUUGCUAUGGCAAGAGCUUUCAAAGUUGGAGCUCUGCAGGCCGUUCCAGUCAAAGUUUAUGACUAUUACGAGCCAGGCCAGAUAUGCACCAAAUUUUACCGUCCAAGCCGAAACAGUGCGUUGCUGAAAGUGAUUUGUGAAGAUGAGGACCAGUGCUCGUGCUCUCAAGGUAGUUGUCCUAAACAGCGGUCAACCAAUCCUAAACCACUACAGAGAACUGCCUGUCUCCACUCUGAUUAUGUUUUCACUGGAAUAGUUGUUGACAUAGAAGACCAGAAUUCGAUGCAGAAAAUUGCAUUUCGAGUGGUGGAUGUCUACAAAACUUAUUCGAAUGGCCUGAAGAAAGAUAUCGAGGUGUACAUGUACAAAUUAACAAACUGCGACUAUCCAGAGAUCAAAUCUGGUGAACAAUAUUUGAUAAUGGUGAAGAAAUCGGAGGUUUAUGUUAUGAACGAAGACACGUACGUUUUGGAAUGGCCUGGUUCAGUAAGAAAGGCUAGGAAGGUGAAGAAUGCCCUUAAUCAAGUGCGUCAAGGAGCUGUUUGUGAUGAAAUGACUGCGUAGGAUAUCUGAAGUACAACUUCAUAUGACAAAUUAUAUAUGGAACAUUCUUAGGAUAGAUUUUUCUACCGAGCAUGCUUCUUUUUGUUCUUCGAUAUAUUCGUUAAAUACCAAAAUCUUUUGUCGUUUAUUAUUUUUUAAAACCUGAACGUUUAAACAGAAAAUUCGAUCUACUGGUUAUUAUCAAUC